UUGCUCUCCGAGGAUGAUCGCAGUAUGCCGCAAAAAUUGGUGAACUCGAUGUUCGAGGAGCAGAAGGCCGCUAGGCAGACGAUUCAUCUGCGUGGACGAGAGAGUUCCCCGCAUUAUGUGUUUUUACACUCCGACGAGGAAAGUAGCGCAGACGAGGAUGGCAUCUCUCUGCACGCUAUCAAGCGGCCCGCGUCGUUGCGCAAAAUUCAGGUGAUCAACGUGCAAGUAAAAGCCGAGGACACGCUGCAGGCGUUGGCCCUUCGGUACAGAUGCACAAUAUCUGAAUUGAAACGAAUUAAUAAAAUCGACAAAGAGAAUGAAAUAUAUGCUAAGCCUUACAUUAAGGUGCCAGUGCAACCAUUCUCUAUUUUGACUGAGGCGUCGCCCGAAAGUCACGGCGAUAAUGCCACGUCGGAGCAGCGCCAAGGGGAGGCACCGGCAGUGGUGGAAGAGCAGUUGAUAGACCUGGGCGCUUCGUCGACCAGCACAGAGUCCUCGAACGCGGAAAUCAAUGCCAUCAUAUUAAACUCGGUAUGCGAACCUUUGUCGACCUACAACAGUGCCAAUAUCCCCGAGACCCCACACAGCGAGCACGACGCCUUGCUGGACGGUACCGAAAAUGCAGAGGCAGCUGAAUCCUGCGAAACGGACAUGUUUAAAUGUUCCGGCGAUAACUGGGGGCUGUCCUGGACGCAGCUGCUCGUAUUCUCAUUACUUUUAAGUUUUGCAGGGCCUAUUAUAUAUAUACUUUAUAUAGCGGAAUAUUCAAUUAAAGCAGAUAAUAUAACCGUAAGUAAUUGAUAUUUCGCGUAAAGAUAUACAUUUGGAUAGAGAGCUAUAGGAUAAGAAGAUAUAUUUUGCAUAUAGAUAUGUAAUGUAUGUAUAUAAUUAUAUACAUAUUUAUUAUUUCCAAGUUGACUAAGUAAACUGCACGAGAAUUUGCAUCAUUGUCUAAUUCGUUAUCUCGUAGAUGUAAUGGUUUCCUUACACGUUAUCUGACAAAGCGUUUGCCAACGUUUUACUAGCAUUAGAGUCGAAAGUUACAUAUUCAUUUCUAUAUCGAGAAUAUAUUUUCUUACCCUAUUUUUGUAUCGUAACAACGUAAAACUGUCCUUUGUAUCGAAUCAAUUGAGUGAGAUCUUUUUAUUAAAGCUACAACUAUUAUUAAUAAGAAAUUCUAAUAUAAUAUUGGAUUAAAUAUAUUAACAUUAUUUCAUCUAGAAAAGCUAUUGUUACGCUAUACCAAAUGUAAAUGUGAUAAAUUUUUUACGAAAUUGAUCUAAUAAAAAUAUGACUACUAUUAUAGGAAAUUAGUAUAGAAAAUAUUUAAAAAUUAUAAGAAAUCUCUACAUAAACAUCGGUGCCUUCAGAACUUUAAACUCUUGUUAAUAUUAGUCUGUUAUACAUUUGUGAUUAGAAAUAUUUAAACUUUAAUAUUGCAAAUUGAGCAAUAAUUAUACAAUUUUAUGAAAUAUAUUAGUUUGUUACGUAUAUCAAACUAUAAUAUUCUCUCUAUCAUUUCUAUCUUAACACAAAUAUGACAUUAAUGAUCUUCUCUCUGAAAGUUAAACGUUUUACAAUUUAUGACAAUAAUAAUCGCUAAGCUAUAUAUAAAUUAUUUUUAUAUAUUAAACACUUCUUGUUAAAAAUUGCUGAAAUAUAUUUAAAAA